UCCAGACAUUUACAGACUUUUAAAACAGUAAUAAACUGACCGAUUUUCUUCAGAAAAUAAUAGAUGUGUCCCAGCAUGCAAAGAAUUACGAAUCAAAUACCGUUCAUACUUUUACCAUUUAGAUUUUUUUUAAGAAAUUUAGAACUUAAUCUUUCACGGAAUCUUUUUGGUCUUUUUCGGAGUAACGAACCAAUGAUCUCUAAAUGCGCAGGUAUCCUUCUGUUGAUCAACAGCAUGCGGCAGCUGUUCAAAUCGUAAAAUUAUUUCCACAACUUAGUAAUACGCGAGUCACACCAACUGCUCCUGAUGAGUCAUUUUUCUUUUGGCGCAACGGAGGCAAGGAAAAGGGUGCUCAUACUGGCAUGAUAUUUCAUCGCAUCCGGAAUGUCAUCAAACAGCUACCUGCAGAAAAACAUAAAUAUAAUCGAGGAACUAUGACUGUAGAAGAGCCCGUUUCAACUGAACUUGUAGAGCGGGCUCAAUUGCUCCGAGUAAUGCUUGCAUCGGCAUCAGUAGCAGAACAUAUUUGUGAUGAAAUGGACCGAUGCUUUCCAGUCCUCAAACUGUUAUUAAAAGAAAAGAAACCCGUUAAUGAUAUCUUGGAUAUGUUUCCACACCUGUGUUCAUAUGAAGGAUUGGUGAUUCGUCAAAUGUUUGAGAGAUUGUAUCCUAACAGAACAGAAGGUCUCAAAAUCGAGGAUGUCUUCUCUCAGUGUCUAUCUUAUUCACCGUCCAGAUUCUCUAGAGUAGAAGAUGAUCACAUUCGAGGAUGCUUGAGAAUAAUUUCUCAUAUGCCAAUUCGCGGACAAAAAAGAACGCUGGUAGGCUGUCCAACUGUAGGCGAAGAACAUUCGGCUUCAAUUUUAAUUCGUUGGAUUGGGGAGUGCUUAGAUACAUACGUGGCAUCCCCCGCAACUGAUUCCAAACUACACAUGGUGUGCGUAGCAAGCCCGAUGAAAAGAGGAAAUUAUGCCGUCAUUUGUGAGAAAAAAGUUAUAUUCGAGACUAACAAUUCUAUUCAUGCAGUGGAAAUUUUAUUCAAAUGCCACGCAGUUCUCGGAGUGGAGGUGCCACCUAAUUUUAGAAUGUUUUGGGACUUUCUGGCAUGUGCCAUAUAUAAUAUAAUUCCGCACAGUCAGAGGACAACUGUGAAUAGACUCGUCCAAACUUUUAUUGAAGUUUCCCGCGCACGUAUUGACAACAAAUAAAAGGACAACUUUUUUAUACAAUACUUACUAAAAACCAUAAAAUUUAAUAAACAGAAGUUUCUUUAAUUAUUAUUGUAAAAAUAUUCCAUAAGAAAAGAAAGACUGCAUUGUGUUGUAUCCAAAACAAAAUUUUGACGGCCAAUUUCUUCACUGGAUGUAAACCG